GUUAUGAGCGCUCCAUUGGCCAAUCAGAAGCUUGAUGCCAACUGGCCGUGUAUGUUUCAGGGUGGCGCUGGGUAGUUCAUUUCGUCAGAGGGGGAAUACAGUGUUGUUAUUCAAGAUGCAGUUCAUGCUUCUGUUUAGUCGACAAGGCAAGCUCAGGCUUCAGAAAUGGUACGUGCCUUUGUCUGAUAAGGAGAAAAAGAAGAUCACCAGAGAGUUGGUGCAGACGGUCCUGGCUCGAAAGCCCAAAAUGUGCAGCUUUCUGGAGUGGAGAGACCUCAAGGUUGUAUAUAAGAGAUACGCCAGCCUGUACUUCUGCUGUGCCAUAGAGGACCAGGACAACGAGCUGAUCACACUGGAGAUCAUCCACAGAUAUGUGGAGCUGCUGGACAAAUACUUUGGCAGUGUUUGUGAGCUGGACAUUAUUUUCAACUUUGAGAAGGCUUACUUCAUUCUGGAUGAGUUCUUGCUGGGUGGGGAAGCUCAGGAGACGUCCAAAAAGAAUGUGUUGAAGGCCAUUGAGCAGGCUGACCUGCUACAGGAGAGCCAGAAUGAAGACUGGGGAAGUUUGCCAAAUGAGGAGCUCUUGUAAUGGGCCUAGAGUCCAUCCGUGGCUCCAUCCAGGCAAUUUGGUAACUACUAGACUGGUGCAGUCAGUCAGUCAGCAUGGGUUUCCAGUUGUGCGUGCCGUGGACUACCUCUGCAUGUUCUUCUGUCGGUAUUGACUGUGUCUCAUAACUCUGAGUGAAAAACAUGACACAGCGUAACAACAGGCAUGAACUCAAGCUGGAAUGUUCAGAACAUAUCUGAAUAUGCGCAGUUUCACUAACAGGCGGCAUAAUCUAACAAUUGCAUUGUACAUUAUUGUAGUAGAUGAUUUAUUUGAAUUUCCAUUUACAUGGAUGCAACUUGUUUCGUUUUUAAGAAGUCACUCUUUUAAAAAUACAUUUCCAACUUUAAUUAUUACUAUUUUCAUGGAUAAGUGAAAAGAGUUAUGCUGCCUGUGUGAAGACCAGCCUGUAGUUUUACUAACCGCAUUGAAUGGAAAUGCUCAGAUGAAUGAUUCUGUAUGUCUUUAUUUGAAAUGGUAGAAAAGGAAUAACAAUAACCCUAACAUGUUACAUGUGGAAGUAUUUUACAUUGACUAAUAUUCAUUCCGCAGGAUUUUGUACGUGGUGUUAUUUGACUUUAAAAUGACCAUUUUGUCCAUCCAUUACACAAACAUCUUAUACACCACUUGUUGAAAAAUUUGACCAAACAUUAGGAAAUUCUGCAACUCACCAUUGCACCCUGGUGUUUUAAAAGUUCAAAUAAUUAGACAUACUAUACGAGCAAAAAAACAACAACAAAAAAAACACCCUGAUUUUUAUAAUUGGAGACAAGGAUAAUUGUCAUCCUUAAAGAAAAUCUAAACAUAAUGCACAUAGAAGUUUGUGAAAAUAAUGCUGGGGUUGAGUCGGGGCAUAUUUGGAAUGAGUGCCUCUGGCUUUAGUAAGUGCAUAGUGCAGUAAUUACGUGGAAAACAUACCACAGGGGAUUUGGUGGAAGUUAUUUUAAUAAGCCUUUAAUGAAACAUUUCUCAGGAACGGGUCAUUACUUUGGUGCCAGCAAGCAAGCAUAUCUUCUUUUGGAAUAAUGAAGCCUCAGAAGAUUUCCUGCUCAGCUCAACUCUGCAUGUUAGACUUCAGAGAUAAAUUGAGCCGCGACGUCCUCAUGAAGAGGGCAUUGUUAUGGUGGCGGUGCCCGAGCACGUACUGUAGAUGUGUAGAUGCUGUAGCUUUCCUGAGAGAUUGACCAGUGGUGCCAUGUUCUGUUUAUUUGUGUCCUUAUAAAAACAAUCUUUGCC